AUGUCUGCACGUGUCGUUAUCGAGUCGAAAUUCAUUGCUGAGUGGUUGGAGGGUAUCCCAGCUACUCUGGACGACCCGCAUAGCAGCCAAUUCGACCACCACAGAUCCAAGAAGCGCAAAUAUCACCAUCACCCUCUUUCGCCACCCACCUCACUGUCGGGAUCAAGGUCUAUCAGCGACGACAUGGCCCCGUCCCUCAAAACACCUAGUAAGAAGCACAAGAAGCGCAAGGUAGAUACUGCCCACGAUGACUCGGAUCCUGAGGGCAACGAGGAGGAGACACCGACCCAACCACCAAGGGCCAUGGAUAUCGAUAACAGUGAUGUAUUGUCUCUUUCUUCUGCUUCCAUGAGCCAGGCUUCAAACAAAUCAUCCCCGACCAAGCUAUUUCCGCAGCUUUCCCUGGCCCCGCAAGGCCUCAAACGGGUCCCUAUGGACCUGAAGGAUCCAAACUUACCCACCGACCUGGUAUAUCUCAUGAUUGAGAUGCAAGCUAUCUGUAGGGGCCGGGGGGUCGUCCCAAGAAGCCUCAAGUCCACAAUAGAGGAGCGGAAAAGAGAGAGUAGGGCCGACUACAUAUUCUACAGCGAGUUUGACGACGUUGUAUAUGGUACCGAUGAUGGAUUCUCAACGGAAAUGGACACUCUUCUCAACACCGCUCUCAAAACUGUUGAUGCAGCUGUUGAUUGCGACGCAACGCAACAAGAUGAGACAGGCUGGAACCAUCUUGUCCAUUCCCCGUUACUCGACACGGUCCUUGAUCGUAUCCCUCGUAACUUGGUUGGCUUUGCGCCUUGUAUGACAGCAAAUAUCACAUCAAGAUACAAAAUCCCGUCGGCACCUGGGGCAAGAGUUGACUACGCCAUGUUUGCAAACCCCUUGAAAGAUGGGGACUCUCGACUUGACGAUGCCAUCGAGAAUCUUCAACGAAGAAUGCCCGAAGCAUCCAUCAACCACACACCCUUUACCCCAUUCAGCAAACGCCCGAUCAGCGUCAGCAUCGAAACGAAGCGGCAGAACGGCGAGGGUGACAAGGCCGUGCUUCAGAUAGGGAUCUGGCAGGCUGCCCAAUGGAAUCUGCUAUCAGAGCUCACUGAAUCGCGAAUCGAAGACCUGUCCUUCAUCCCGGGCAUCGUAGUUGAAGGUCAUGAAUGGAAGCUGGUAGCGACGACGCACAGAGCAGGUAAAACGGUACUUUGGACAAGCCAACUCUUUGGGAAUACUUUGUCCCCUCUUGGAUCUUUCCAGGCCAUGGCGGGGGUCCGUCGAUUGAGAAGAUGGACGGCUGAAACAUACUGGCCGUGGUAUAAGAGACAUGUGCUGAAAUUAGGUCCUCGUGAGGCCCCAAGACUGCCCGUGUAA